AUGACCGCCCAUCAGCUACGUCAAGAACGACCAUUCUUUUGGUUAUGUAUCAUGACAAUGUCAUCAAUGGUCAUUUAUCGACAAGUCACACUUGGCAAAGUAAUUCGAGAAAUAGCAGCACGUGAACUUGUUGUCGAGGGAAAGAGGAAUUUAGACUUAUUGCUAGGCUUGUAUCAAAUACUUACUGCACCAUUCAUGACGUUGUUCACUCAUCUCAUUAUCACACUCGUACUUGAUUUGGAACUCCACAAACCUACCAUCGUAGAAGCAUCUCAUAUCUUGGGCGUGGAACAUGAAACUCGUCACCACGACAUGAUGGAGGUACCAGUGAAUCGAACCAUGGAACAUCGUCGUCUAGCUAUAGCUUGUUAUUACUUGACCUCAACUCUUUCAACCUCCCAGAAGAGAUUAGAGAGCGUAGUCUGGUGUCCUUAUUUUGACUUAUGUCUAUCAAAAGUAGAAGAAAGAAAAGAUCAAUCCGAUGACCUUCUUGUGAAUCAGAUCCGACUACAACGCGUUGUCCAUAAAACAGCAGAAGCAUAUAUACAACAAAUCCGUGAUGGCACGCCAAGAGCGUUGAAUCUUCAAAUCUUCGGCGCAGAAGUGAUGAUCUACGAACUCGCUGUCUAUCUUCCCAACUCCUCGGAAUCUAUAUCUAUAGAUUCCUCACUUUCUCGAAUAGAAUGUCUCCAUCACUGUCUUAAUUCCAUCAAAUCAUGGUUUGACGUUCUCCUCAACUCAUCAGCUUCAAAUGUCAUACGAUUACCUCUUCCAGUAUGGAAACAAUUCGGAGGCGUUUUCUUUCCUUUAUACCGUCUCACGGUGUUAAAAGAUCUGGCUUGGGAUACUGAUAUGGUCAGGAGAACUCGUUCACCUGGACGAAUCUUAGAUCUAUUGGGACAAAAUUCAAGGAAAGUAGAAGUCGAGGUCGCAUGGGGAAAAGAUAGUAGUAAUUCCGAGAGCAUCUUCACUUGUUCAGAAAAGGUUAUGAAGCUAAUUAAGCAAUGGGUUGAGCGUCUAGCAGGAUUCAAUGCGCCAAAUACUAAUAUUUCUAAUCCUAUUGAUAACUUCCAGGAUAAACAACAACAGGCAAUAUCGGAAACAAAUCAAAUAGCUUCUAUGUCAGCUUUCAUGCCAAUGGAGAUGGAAGACAUUUGGUCACAGGAUUUUAUGGGACUGUGGGAUAUAUAUCCCAACUCUUGA